GGAAAAUUGAUACUUUGGCGAACGGCCCAACAGCAGUACUCUGCCGGCCCAUUUCAAUUUCUGGUAGCUCUAUAUAAGUAAACCCCUCCCCUGCUACGGUUCCAUAUCCCCUCCACAGUCCACACACUAAUUUCUCAUUAAUACAGUACUACUGUCGAACCAAAACCCAGCCAUGGAAGCGAUCAAGCACAGCCAUGUCCAAGUCAGGGGCCUCAAUCUUCACCUCGCCGAGAUCGGCACUGGUUCUGAGGUUGUGCUUUUCCUGCAUGGAUUCCCUGAGAUAUGGUACACCUGGAGGCAUCAGAUGGUCGCCGUCGCCAAAGCCGGGUACAGGGCCAUUGGCUUUGACUUCAGGGGCUACGGGCUCUCCGACCAGCCGGCGGAGCCCGACAAGGCUAACUUCCUCGACUUCCUUCACGACACCAUUGCCCUGCUGGACCUUCUCGCCAUCCCCAAGGUGUACCUGGUCGGAAAGGACUUCGGAGCGAUCGUGGGAUCCAUGGUGGCCGCCGCACACCAAGACCGGGUGGCCGGCUUCAUCACCCUGGGCAUCCCUUUCUUGCUACCAGGUCCAGACGGCAUCAGGAAUCACCUCAUGCCCAACGGCUUCUACAUCAACAGGUGGCAGGUAAUGCCUAUCUAAUUAACUAAUUAACAAUAAGCAUACAUUUUCCGGCGUCUUGAAACUCUAAUAGCACAACUGAUUCGGCCACCUUGGAAACCAAACUCCAACAGGAGCCCGGGAGGGCCGAGGCCGAUUUUGGGAGGCUAGAAGUGAAGACAGUGAUUAAGAACAUCUACACUCUCUUCUCUGGUUCCGAGCCACCGGUGGCUCGAGACGACCAAGAGAUCAUGGACUUGGUCCCGCUGUCCGCUCCUCUGCCACCGUGGUUCUCCGACGAGGAUCUUCAAGCUUAUGCUUCCUUGUACGAGAAGUCAGGGUUUCGUGUCGCUCUCCGGGUUCCAUACAGGACGCUGGGGAUGGAUUGUGGGAUACGUGACCCAAAAGUUACGGCUCCUUCGUUGCUGGUCAUGGGGGAGAAGGACUACGUCCUCAAGUUUGCUGGAAUGGAGGACUACAUAAGGAGUGGGGCGGUGAAGCAAUUCGUGCCCGAUCUGGAGAUCGUCUUCUUGGAAGACGGCAACCAUUUUUCUCAGGAGAAGGUUCCGGAGAAGAUUAAUGAACUCAUCAUCGGCUUCCUCGACAAGUACAAGAAGAACUGAAGAACAAGGAGGUGGUGGUGGUGUUGUUUUCAAGCACCCGAUGUGUUGGUGCAGAUCGAAGAUUAUCUGUUAUGUUCAAAUAAGGUUUCUUUGCCAAGAAACCAAGCUUUUCAAAUACCUUAUUUAGCUGCAACAUUCCUUGUGUUACGUUCUAAGAGAUGCUGAUAGAUUUAAGGAAUCGUAACUCUAUUAUUGAUGAUACUCGCAAAUGCUAAGAUUUAAGCAAGUUAUUGUGCUAUGAUGCAUUUUUUUAAUCUAUAUAACAAAGAAACAUCUUACAC